UGGGCCCCAGUCCAGUGCUCGGAUAUUGAGGUGCUUCAUAUACCACCCCCCGGAGGUCAGAAUUGCUCGGGCUACCUCGAAGCGUUUGCCAAGAUGACGAAAAGCACCUUGCUCAACCCCGAGGCCAACAGCGACUGCCAAGUAUGUACCAUGUCCACUACGGAUCAAUUCCUGGCGGGGGUGCAUAUCAAAGCCUCGGAGCUGUGGCGUAAUGUCGGAAUAUUGUUUGUGUAUAUCGUGUUCAACACGGCAGCCGCAGUCUUUUUGUACUGGCUGAUCCGAGUACCGAAGAAGAGGGCGCUCAAGAAGGCCAAGAAGGAAUGA